AUGGCAGCCGCUUCGUUCGCCCAGAGACGUUCGACGAAUUCACAGCAGUCAAAUUCCGUACCCUCCACGCCGCAUCAACAUCCGCGAGACCUUCGAUUCCGUUCACGAUCGCCUUCUCCUAGCAAGACGCUAGGCCACAACUCUCCUCAUUCAGCUGUCCCUGGGGCUGCUGGUACUCCUGUCGUAGCGAAGCCGACUCAAGAGUUUUGUAGAUUCGAGGCCGGCCCUGAGUACAGAACACGACGAAUCCCAUACCUCGACGGUGGCGAUGUACCGUUACCGCCGCCAACAGAAGAGCCCAAAGUGGCUCUCGAUCCAGAGCAGGACCAGAAGCUGAGUGGCGAUAUGAGAGAACUUUACGGUCGAUUAUUACCGACAGAAGAAAGCGAAGAAAGAAGACGGAAACUUGUCCAGAAGUUAGAGGACAUCUUGAACGGUGAAUGGCCCGGCAAUGAGAUAAGAGUCAAUGUGUUCGGAUCCUCGGGCAACCUGCUCAGUUCAAACGACUCUGACGGUGCGUAUAAUUAUGCUCGGCUUUGCUCGUCAUGCGCUUAUUGUUGUUCGCANGUUGAUGUUUGUGUAACCACACCCUUGAAAGCGCUCGAGUCCAUGCACACCUUGGCUGCUGUGCUCCAUCGACGUAUGUAG